AUGGCAGCGAGCCCAGCAGCCGCAGUUCCAAGUCCUACGUUGCCUCCUUCGGCUCCAGAUGAUGCGGUGACGAACCUGCUGGCGACAGUGCUGGCCCAAUCGGUGCAGAGUGGAUCUUCGCUGUCUGCAGAACAGAUCCAGGUCCUCCAGGACACCAUGGCUCAGCUUAAGAUCGUGAACAAUGAGAAGGGACAGCAGGUGCCCCCAGCUGCAGAGGAGGCCGAGCAGGCCCCAGCUCCAGUGGAUACAAAUCCCCCCGCCCCGGCACCCCCUGCUGCGCCGCCAAUGCCCAAAGGGGCCUCGGCAGCGCCGCUGUCGGGUCUGCAGCCGCCACCGCCGAAAGCAUCUGCACCGCCGGCUGGUUCGACAGCAGUCGUAGCAUUGCAGGAGCCUGCAAACAGCUCCACCCAUCCAAAGGAAUACAGGGCCUUUCAGCGUUUCUGUGAGAACUCGAAGGGUGCAGAUGAGAUGAGAAAGGUCUGGGUCCAGGGCGGACCCCGUCGGAUGGCUGUGUUUUCGCAGUUCGUGGCGACUGGCUGUGAUCCCUUGGCAAUGGAAGCGGCCCUCCGCUUCAAGCGCCAGCGUGAGGAGGAGGACAAAGACGAAGGUGAAUAUUACCAGUGGGUUGACAUCCUCGCCUUUCACAACAACGACGCUGAGAAGGCGCUGAACUUCAUCACCAGAAGGACAUCGACAGACCGCAACGACCCCACCAUCGAUGAGAUAGCCGUGGAGCUGGGGGUUGCUCCCGCCUACGCGGCGAGCGUGGCUAACCUUCUGGACGGACAGAAUGGUGCGGUGGGGACCUUUCCCAACUCGUCGGCUGUCCUACCGCCUUCGAGCAGUGGGCUUGCUUUGGAGGACGGAGCAAGCAACAACAGCGGCACUCCUGCCAACACCAAGCCGAACCCGAAGACUAAGCAGCCUGGCAAUCAAGGGCAGCAGCCGCCCUCCAAGAAAGCACGGGCUCCGAAGCCGGAGGGAUCGGACUUGGAAGUCCACGUUUGCGGGGAAGACAUUGCCGGCUUCGUUUCGAACUGGUGCACAGCUGCCAACUCGGCCCAAGGACAGGCCGUUAAGUUGUGCGGUGAGUUCCUUGGCUUGGUGCGUUGUGAAUUAUGUUCGUGCGAAGAGUGA